GUAAGCAGUUUCAACCUGAGCUCAUUGGGUGAGCAGCCCGCGGACACGGAAUGUGCAUUCUGUGCUUAUUUCGGGCACGAGUGGCUGGACACGGUUUCCAGGUUCGGCAUCAAAGAGCAGACAUGGCUCAAAGAUCCCCGUGAGACUCUUUGCGUACUGGGCUAUGUCUCUGCUGCCUUCGUUGUCGCCCUGACGACCAAGGUUCGCAGCCUCUUGCCAGAUGCAUUGAGGCUCUUUGCCGGCAACCAG